CACCAAAUCAAGAUCUACCCAUGGAUAAUAGCAGAGUUCUGGCAGCUGGUGGGGUUGGUAAACGGAAAAAGGCCAGGAAGAACCCCCAACCUAUUCCCUCUACUGUUACUGCUCAGGAUGCUGGGUCUUCUCAACCAGUUCCAGAGCCACAGCCAAUACAGCAGGUCCACCAGGACCAAUUCGAUGCCAUGCUAGUCGAUGAUCGGUUUGGUUCUGAUCAACUGCAACAAUUUCCGGAGCACUUCCAAGCUGCUCAAGAAACCGGCCAGGGUGCGGGUGAUAUACCCACCGUCCAGCUAUCUGGCCAGGUUGACCGGAUCUCACUAGCGGAUCCGGUUCAUGAUGUUGUAGAAAGAGGUGGCUGCUCAGUAAGCCAGAUUUGGUCUACCUCUGUCUUCUUUAACAAUUUCACCGUCCCCAAGCUGUCGGUCGAGCAAUAUGAGGAAUGCUUGGCCUUAGCAGCUCUGAAGGUUGGGCUUUACAGUUUGCAGCUGAAGGAAGCUCGACUGGCUAAGGAGCGGGAGCUGAUCGUUGCUCAGACUUCCGCGGAGCAGAAUGCAGCAGCUGCUUUUGCUGCUCUUGAGGCCGAGCGGAAGGCCUAUGCAGAGGAGAAGAAGCGUCUUGAAUCAGAGCUUGGCGAGCUCCGGGUUCAGCUUGGGGUCUCUCAAUCCAAGGUUCAUGCUGCCGAAGCUGCCUUGGUAAAGUUUGAAGAGCAUGCCCCUCGUAUCCCGGACGGCCCUGCUGAAAUAAAGGUUGAUUUGUGUGCCGUCCGGGAGUCAUUCAAAGGGUCUGAGGAGUUCGCUAUCUUGAAAAAAGAUUAUGCACAACAGCAACUCCCAGACACCUUUGGUGAUUAUCUUGAACGUUUCUCCACGGGUGACGCCUGUCGGAGCGAGGGGGUCAAACUGCUCGACCAGGACCCAAGGGGGAAAAAGUUCAAUGAUUCCCUGGCCCGAUCCCUGUACGUCAUGGGCUGCCAGCACAUCAUGGCCCCUUCGUCACCAAACUCCAAGAAUUACUAGGGAGGCCGGUCGAGCUGGCUGAUCUUCCCCAAGCGCCCAUAGUUGAAGCCCAAUACAAGAAGUAUCAACGGGACUUGCAAUGGGCUGCUGACCGUGAAGCGGGGAUGGAGCAUGAUCCCCCCACUGACUCAGAUGAGGAGGAGGGUGAUGACGAAGACAAUAGGGCAGAACAGUAGAUUAGAAUCUAAUAAUCUUAGCAAUUGUAAUCCCUUGCCCCUUUUUUUCUUUUUUCUUGCAAACCUUAUCUGUAUUUCCCGGCCAAUAGAGCCGAUGAAUAUAUAUCUAUUUUUUGCAUAA